CAACGGCAAUUUGAAGAAGAUGAUGGAAGGUUUUAACAGAGAAGGGAAGCGAACAAGAACAGAAGGGAUAACGUGGCGUAAUGAAGGCCCUGUUUCCUCAUCCUUCUCAUCCAUUUCCAUUUCCAUGUCCAUGGCGGACCUUUCCAUCUUCUUCUUCUUCCUUCCGCUUCACUUCUACACUCCUCCACUACCGUCCUCCCGAUCCCAAUGCUGAAACCUUCGGCUCCCACAAUUUCAGACGCAGAGAACAAUACUCUGAACCCGACUACGAAGACGAUGAACAGCAAGGCUUUGAUCCCGGUAUUCGCUUCCGUAAGAACCGUCGACGUUGGUGGUCCGAUGACCCGGCGCCGGACUUCGAAGACCAACCUUCUGGGAUCUUGGAUGAAGUAAUCGAUAGUGUCUGGAUUUUCAAGGUAUUCAAAUCCUACGGCUGGACACUUCCACCCAUAAUCAUCUCACUGCUGUUAAACUCAGGACCAAAAGCUUUUCUAAUGGCGUUAGCCCUUCCACUAGGCCAAUCAAUCAUAGCUCUGGCACUUGAGAAGUUGUGGGGAAUACCGGAAAGGAAGCCGAAACGCAGAACUAGAAGCAAGACCAGGAAGAGGCCAUUUUACAGUACUAGGACUAGUCGGGUUCAAGAGGAAGAAGAUGAUGAAGAAGAAGUAGCAAGAGGAAAUGGGGAAGGUAAUGGAAAGAUGGGCUAUGGAUAUCAGUCAUGGGAAGUUGGUAGCAAUGGUGGUGAAGUUAGAAGUGGGGGCAGAAACGGGAACAGUUUUGGUGGAUGGGAGGAUCUUGAUGGAGUUGGAACUGAGAGAAAGCCAAAACCUGGGGUUAGAGCCAAAAAACAAAGCAGCACAACUAUGGAGAAGGGUAAGUUGAGUUGGAGAGAAAAGAAAAGUGAUACUCCCUUGUUGUUGAGAUUGUUAAUUGCUGUUUUUCCAUUUUUGGGUUCAUGGACUAAGAUGCUUUAGAUGAAUCCUCUUGUAGUUAUAGUCUUCUAUACUUGAUCAAAUUUUUACUCACUAUUAUGGCUGUUUAAAACCUCAACAAAUUGCUCGUUUUUGUUGAGGAUAGAAUAAGAAGUUCAAUACUAUUUUUAUGUACAAA